AUGAAUGACACCUCAAGCUUCUGCGGCUGGGAUGGUGGGUCCUGCUUCUCAGCUCUGACUGUUGACAAGUCCGAAGUGGCGCAACACCUCCGACUACACCACGGUGUAAAACCUGGCGGCGACAAAGAUAGGACUUCAUGCCGAUGGGAGGGCUGCGGGAAGAAAAUGAAGGAGAGCAUACCACGGCACAUCGUUGUGGUUCAUUUGGACAACAAAACGGAAUGCGGUAGUUGUGGAAAGACAUUUGCUCGGUUAGACUUGUAUCAACUUCUAUCCCUCCGACGCACUGCCAUCUAG